AUGGCUCCCAAGAACCGUGUCAUCAUUGACACUGACCCAGGCAUUGACGAUGUUCUUGCCAUGCUUUUGGCCCUCUCGGCCUCCCCUGAGGAGCUGGAGGUCAUGAUGAUUUCCGUCACAUACGGCAAUGUGCCCCUGCAGAGCUGUCUGCGGAACGCCGUUGCUCUAUUCCACGUUUUGGAGAAGGAGUUGGCCUGGCGUAAGGCGAACGGCAAGCCCGAGGGCUUCGAGACAAUGAAGACUUACAAGCCUAUUGUCGCCGUCGGUGCGGAGCAUCCCCUUGAGGACGACGAGCUUGCUGCCGAUUACUUCCACGGACUUGAUGGCUUACACGGCGUGCACGAGAGACACCCUCACCUUUCCCCUGAUGAGAGGUGGAAGUCGCUUUUCCACACGGAGAAGGACGUUGACCACGACCCGUCCCCAUUCAACCAAUACUUCACGCCCGCCAAGCAGGUUGCACACAAGGAGAUUCUGCGCAUCCUCCGGGAGAACCCCCCAAACACCAUUUCCAUUUGCGUCGUCGGGCCUAUGACGAACGUCGCACUCGCCGCCGCCGAGGACCCCGAGACCUUCCUCCGCGUCAAGGAGCUGUGCGUCAUGGGCGGUGCAGUCCACGUCGAGGGUAACAUCACCCCCGUCGGCGAAUUCAACACCUUUGCCGACACGGUUGCGGCGGCUAGAGUCUUUGCUCUGACCUCCCCCAACCCUCGGUCGACCAUGCCUCCCAUCUCGGACAAGAAGUCUUCUCUCCCGCCUUACCCGGCCAAGCUCUCCAAGCCUCUGAAGCUGACGCUCUUCCCUCUCGACAUCACCACGCCCCAUCUCCUCAUGAAGAACUACUUCACGGAGCGCAUCAAGCCCAUCGUGGAGUCCGGCAGCCCUCUUGGCCAGUGGGUUGACCACUUCAUGUCCAAGACCUUUGAGAAGAUCGAUUCCAUGGAAGGAAACGGCCAGGAGCCCGGUCUCUCUCUGCAUGACCCACUGACCAUCUGGUACCUGCUGACGCAGUCCGACCCCAAGUGGAAGCCUGUCGCGAAGCCCGAGGACAUUCGCAUCGAGACCUCUGGCCAGUGGACGCGCGGAAUGCACGUCAUUGACCGCAGAAUCAGGGCCAAGUACACCGAGGCGGCCCUUGAGACCAGCGAGAACAGCGGCGACGGCGUCGACGUCUUGACUCUGGCCGAGGUGCCCGGUGACACUGGCGGCUGGCUCAGCUACAGCAGAGGCAACAGGAUCAACAGGAUGGUCGAGUCCCCCGGCGAGGAGGCUUGCGCGCAUGAUCUGAUGAAGAGAAUCUUUGGUUGA